GAAAUACCCCUGACGAACAAUAUAAACUAUAGAGUGGCACGGGAAGGAAGGCUUGUUUUGGUCAACAAGAAGAAGGAAGUGGUGAAACUAAGCACUUCCCCACUACAAACCAAAGGAACCGAAACCCGUCCGCUUUGUCAGGGUGCGUGGUUAACUUGUCACCACUAAAAUUACCAUAAUGCCCCUAUAGAUGCUGCAUUGCAAUUUGCAUGGACAACUCAGAGGACAUAUAAUUGAUCAGCAUCAGUUGACGAUUAAGAGGCUAACUUUACGGAAAUUUUGAAAGCUCAUUGAAAAAUCUGUAACGUUCUAGUCAAGAGGAAAAUUCUUUUGUAAUCUUGGUGAUGUGGACCAAUGGCUGAUUGACACCAUGCACAACUUUAAAGGGUGCAGCCAGCAUAAAAUAAGCAGAGGAGGAAAAGUCUUUAUCUUUGAAGAUGGACAACUAUCUUAAUCAAUUUUUCAGUUCCUCUUCAUGGUCAGAUGUAGAUGUGAAGGAGAGAUCAUCUUGGGGAUGUUGUGAAUCUGGGCAACCAAAUGAAAUGCUUCUCAAUUCAGCUGGAGUGGAUGAGGAUGACAACAAUAGUUCCCCUACAUAUUUGACUAAUUCAAACCACAGUAUGGAGAGCUUGGCUGCUCAAGAUGCUUCAUCUAUUGUUCAUGAUUUAGAGUCAGAUGCACAAGAUGAUGGUAAAAACUUCAAGCCAAACCUCUCAAAUGGAAAGGUGGAUGGUAGCUUUAAAGUCGAAAAUCCGGGCCUGCAAUAUGAUGUGGAUAUUGUAACCCCCUGCUCACUUGCUUCUCUGGAGCAGCUGCCUUUGAAUGGUAACAUGGUGAGAACAUCUCUUUCCACCAUAGAGCCGGAAAAUGUGGUAUGCAACAACCGUGAACCAUCCAUCUUCGAAAGAUUCAAUGGAGAUUUCGAAACCCUUCCUUCGAUUUCUCAGUUGUGGCCUCUUCAAUCUUAUGAGGGUGUUCCUUCUUCUCUUUCUCCUGGUAUGGGACAGCACAGAAUGUGCAGCUUUGGCUUAAAAGGAGAAUAUGGGGAUAAUGGUACUUAUGCCAUGGCAAACGAUCCCAAUAACUUGGCUGUUUUAGUCACCACAGAGGGAAAGCAGGACCUACAAAAUUAUCCUUUGCCUUCUUUUGCUUCUGGGCCUCAGAUUACAAUGACAAUGUCUGGAUUGCAGUCCUUACAGCAGGCUACAUCAACUACCCCCUCUGCUGAAUGUACUGGAACUGGAAAGCCUCGUAUGAGGGCACGUCGAGGCCAGGCAACUGAUCCACACAGUAUUGCUGAAAGGCUUCGGAGAGAAAAAAUUGCUGAAAGAAUGAAGAACCUGCAAGAACUGGUGCCGAAUUCUAACAGGACUGACAAGGCAUCCAUGCUAGAUGAAAUCAUUGAGUACGUCAAAUUCCUUCAGCUCCAAAUCAAGGUGCUAAGCAUGAGCAGAGUUGGUGCUGCAGGAGCAGUUGUUCCUCUCAUCACAGACACUCAACAAGCUAAGGGUGCCAAUGGUUCUUCGCUGUUGCCGUCAGUUGGCCAAGUAACUGACAUUUCAUUCAAUGAAAUUGCCUUAGAGCAAGUAGUGAGGCUGAUGGAAUCAGAUGUGACCAAGGCAAUGCAGCAUCUCCAAAGCAAAGGUCUCUGCCUUAUGCCAAUUGCUCUUGCUGAUGCCAUAUCCACAGAAAAAAAAUCAUCAUCAUCACCAGCUCCUGCUUCUGAUGAUUGGAAGAAAACCGGUUUCAACGAUAGCGGCCUUGUUCAAAACAACAGCAGCAGCAGCAGCAACAGCAGCUUGCCUGAGGUCAAACAAGAAGCCAAGAACCAUUCUUUUGCUGCAAGAUAACUUAGAACAAGAUAUAUAUAUAUAUAUAUAUAACUUUUACCUCAUUAUUUUUUUUCUAGGCUUCUCUAGCAAAUUGGGUUAGUUGCUCCUUCAUGAAUUUAAUUUAAUUUUCUAUUUAUUUAAUUUAAUUUUUUUUUUUGGUCCUUUGGCCUUCAAAAGAAAUCAAAUUCUGUAGGGUUAUCUGUCAUCUUUCAACACACACACAUGGCAAACACUGACCAUCUGAAUCAAAAGGGUAUGCACCAGCGACGGUUCAUACUUCAUUCAUGGCUUGGUUUUGACUUGUAGCAGUUGGAUCAGUUCAAUCACGUGGCCUUGGUCACGUGUUGUCUUGUUUGAC